UCCGCUGCGGUUGCUACGACACGUGACGUCAUUGGCUAUGGCGGACAAGGAGAAGCGCCGGUCCGGGGAUUCUCCUCCAGGGAUGCCCGAGGGAAAAGCGACCAAAUCGGACAGCGACAAGGAGUUUCUGUCACAAGCAGGAGUCGGAGAGCUGCUGCGCGGUGCCAUCCUGAAGAUGGUGGAAGCCAGAACGGACGAUCCCAUCGGGUUCUUAGCCGACCACUUCUGCAACCUCGCCUCCGUGUCGGAGACCGGCACCGCUGGAUGCAGCGAUGUGGAUCAUUUCAGCGACGGCCCGCUGAGCGCCGGCGCGCAGGAGCAGCAGCAGCAUCUUAACCGGGCGCUGUGGCACCUGAGGCUGGCGCACCACUCCCAGAGAUCUGCAUUCAGCAACAAUGUCCGUGUGGCUUAUGACCUUUUGAAUCUCACUGGGCCCCUGAGGCGUUCAGGUGAGGCUCCUCAGGGACCUGAUGUCUCCUGCACUGAGAGCCCAACUGAAGGUGGAGGAGGAGGAGUGAAGGGAGGCCUCUACACACAGACCCUGCAGUGCCUAUGCAGUGAGGGAGGGGUCCCCGCCUCCACAUCCGCCCCACUACUCCAACGCCUCCAUUGCCAAGACCACGAGGCCGUCCCCUAUGACAUCUUUCGUCACGGUGUGCUCACGUGUGCGGUUUUCUCGGACUACAUCCGGCAGGCUCAGAGGCUUUACGCUGAGGUGUGCUGCCCGGACGAAGGGCCCGCGUCGCGGGCGCUGUGCCUGACUGUGCUGGGGACCUUAAAAGAAGCCCUGGAGACUUCUCAAGGCUGUGAGGCAAAUGUCAGCGAUAAUUCAAAUACAAAAGUGCAUUCCUGUCUGGAGGGUAACGUGAAGGCUUUAUGCUACCUGGAGGCCAGUGCAAAGAUCUCUCCAUACAAGUUAGGUGAGGCCAUGGCUGGAGCACAGGCACGGGGCCCGGGUGGUAACAUGGAUGCAAAGGAGUUUGAGAAUGCAGCGGCAGAACUUUUUAUCACUCGAGUGAAAGUUGUGUCCUAGGUUUCCUGUCAAUUUCCACAUAUUGUACAAUACUUAAAUUUAUAAAAUAUAAAUGAAUACCUUCUGGGUUCUAUAAGCUACACUCACAUACGUCACCUCAUCUCUAGACACUAUAUCCUCUAAUCCUUUUUUUUCUUAUUUUUUUGAAGGACACUAUUUUUAGAAUAUAUUGUUUGUUGAGUUGUUAAAGUCGAAGAGAUCCGCAUCUGCUGCCACUAAGCAAACAUCUACUGUGGAAAGGAUGAGGAGUUUUCUUAAUAUCACAAAUGAUCUUGAUAUUUCCAUUAUUGUGUAGCCUUUAGCAUAUAAUCGUCAAAUUGUACCUAAUACUAUACAUAACAAAAACCUUGUAAUAAAUACAUUUAUUUUGUUGAUAUGGUUGUUGAUCAGAAGCUCUGUGUCCUCAUAGAGGUUGUUGAUUGUGAUGCUACUGUAUUGCAUCAUUUAAUUGAUUAUUUUUUUGUUUGUUAACAAUUUCAUAGAGAACCAGUUUGGCAGGGGAUAAUAAUCUCAUAUCCUUACAUUGUAGCAGAAUGUUUUUUUGGGGCAAUAAACAUACAAUGUUCACUGA